CGGACCCAUCCCCUACCUCCCUCCUCCUCUUCUUCCCCUCCUGACCUAUCUCCUGCUCACGGCCUCCAAUCCGCCGCCGCCGUACUUUACCGUCGCCGACGACGCCUCUACCGCGCGCCGUCUCCCUCGUCGCUCCCGCCAUACCUCAUCGCUCCACCCGGCCCGUGCUGUCUCCACCCCGUACGCACUCUUGGACGCUGGUUUCCGAGAUAUGGAAUCAGUGCCACUCAACGCUGAAGCUAUUGCUUUUACUGAGAAAAAGAUGGACAUGACUCUGGAGGAUAUCAUUAAGAUGUCAAAGAAGAAAAAUCCUGCAGGCAAGAAAGCCCCUAGGCAGCCGAUUAAAAAGCGCCCUUUCCAGAAUGGUAACGGUAAUCAAGGGAAUGCCAAGGUUCAGCGGUUUAUCGAGUCUAGAUCAUCUAUUAGACAAGGUGUUCUUGCACAAAGGAGGUCGAACCUCGACGGAAAUCAGUUCCAGAUCACAAAGCAGGCUGCAAAGAAGGCUGCCGCAAUGCCAGUACGUGGCAGGGCUGACAGAUGGAACAAGCAAAGUGCCCCAUCUACCUCAAUACAGAGGAGGCCUGUAAGUGAUCAGAACAGCAAGGGCAAGGAGAUGCAGAACGAGCAGCCAAGGACAAUGGAUGCACUCUUUGCACAGAUGAAGCAGCAGCGGAUGAGGAUCAUGCCACCUCAGCAAUCAAGUGCUACCCAUGGCCAUCAAUUUAACCAGCAGCGACGGGUUCAGCAGCAGCGACGAGGCAGAGGAGGAUAUGGUGCCCGCAAUGGUGGUGGUAACCGAUGAGCCCAACAUCCAUAUGCAACAUGAAUGCCCUUUCUCUUCAUUGAUGUUCCUUGGAAGGGAGAAGACCCCCUGGAAUUCAUACAUGGCUUCGUCUUGCUUGUUUUAUUUCUGUUCUCAGUGAGUCACAAACAGAACCUUAACUGAAGUUUAUAAUUAUAUCCAGAGUUUUUUAGUUGCUUGUUGCUGUUUCCGCAUGUAUAAUGGUCGAUGGUGAAUGUACUUAUAUUGUUUGCUAGACAUUUGUUUUCCUAUCA